UUAUUUUUCAUAGAAGAUUUAAGAGAUGUAGUUAAUUUCUUUAAUUUCUUGCUUUUUGAACAAAUAGCAACAUAUAAUAUCCUGUCGGUAUUUUAUUAUCUUAGUAUUAAAUAAGGUAAUAAAAUAGUAUUUUAUGGCUAGAACUACAGUUUGCUUUAACCUGUUUAAGUGUUGGUGCAUUACUAUGGUAACUGACAUUCGUAAUAAUUCAUUCCUAUAAUCUGAUCGCACUCUAAGACUAAAAUGUUGUCUUACUGAAGAUAUUAUUGUAAGAAAAAGGAAACUUUUUGAGUAUUACUCUUGAAUUUUUCAUUUGAGAAAACGCUAUAAAUUUAUCUAAUCUAGCUAUUUGUCAAUAUGUAUAAUGAAUAAAGAAUACUGUUUCUUAUGAUUAACAAGGAGAAUUAACGAAAACUUUCUUUAUCACUUCCUUCAAGAUAUAGGUUACUAACAAGGGCAAAUGGGCUGCAAUUUGGGCGUACCUCAGCAAACCGUUCAUAAAAUCUCUGUUCCAAUUCAAAAAACUCAAAGUCAGAGUAGCAUUAGGAAAUUUGUUGAUGAAAACAUUUCAGCCGCAUCAAUUCCUGCAUUUUGGGACGAACGAAGCUCCAAAAAUAUUACAGUAACUAAGGAUGGAUCGUCAGUUACUAAAGUUACCGAUACGAAUACUAUGGAUAUUAUUAGAAGUACCGACGGACAGAUAUCCGGUAUUCACGUCUAUUCAGUAAAUUGGUCAGUUAGAUUGAGAGGUCAAGAUUCGGCGGUUAUGGGAAUCUCCUGCAAAGUAUCAGGUAAUUUACCAAGAGAAGUUUUUGGCGGUUUUGAAGUAGUUAUGGGCUGGGAUCUUAUUAGCAAUAAAUCAAUUUUUAAUAAUGCAAUAAUGAGCAAAUAUCCAUUGGAAAUUGAUUCAAACUAUAAAGUGCCAGAUAAUUUUGUUAUGAUAUUAGACCUUUAUAAUGGAGUACUACUGUUUAAAGUAGAAAAUAGGCACUUGGGAGUGUGCUGUAGGGAUUUGGAUACUGCUUUUGGCAAUCGGGGAAUAAAACUUUAUCCAACAAUAGCAAUGAAAUCGAUUGGAAGUCAAGUAACAAUGUUUAAGAUGAAUACUUCAUGGAUGAAUAUUUUAAAUGAUGUUAUUUCGUACAUGGUUCCUAUUUUGUCAUUUUCUGACUUAUCGAGGAAGUGGACAAAAGUCAAUAUCAUGAUGAAAACGGGACGAACAAAGUAUGCAGAUAGCAUUCAGCUUAUGAUACUUCAAUUGGAAUCCUGUUGUCGGUUAAUAAAAAGAGUGAAAGGUGCUCAUGCAGUUUUCUUAAAUAUGUUACUCAAAUUCGAUGGAGGUGAAACUUUAAUGGCCUAUUUUAAGUACACUUGGGAUAAUUUUCAUAUGGAGAAGAGCAAAGCAAAUUGUAUUGUUAUGAGUAGUUUUAUACAAAAUAAUUGUGAGAAUAAUUCAAUGUUUCCAUCCGCAAUUGCAAGACAGGGAUGUUUGGACCUAAUUCAUAAUGUUCUUGAAAAAGGAAAUAACGAAAGAGCUGUCGAAGAUAUAGAGGCAAAGAAAUCAGUGUUUACUUUCAUUUUGAGAAUAUUAUAUAAUUUCUCUAAAGUUUCAAAGUUGGCUGACGAAAUUCGUGAUAGAGAUCUUCGAGUAUAUUUAGAGGAUUAUCCAGAUUUUCAAAGGUAUGAUUUAGGUGUGAGCUUUCUAAAAGUGAUGGCCUUAGGCCGUAUAUUACCAGAUAAGAAAUUUUGGAAGAUUGAAGAGAGUAUUCUUGAUUUAUUAUUAGAGCAAAUUAAAUCAACCAUCAAAUCAAAAACAAUUUUUGAAGGGAUUGUUUUUUACUUACAAGAAAUUCUAGAAUGUUUAUCAUAUACGUUAGAAUGUAUUGAGAAUUGUAUUUAUAUGAUUCAUAAUGGACUGAUAGACUUUUUACUUGAAAUUCUUUGUCAUAAGCUAACUGGAGAAAUUAAUGUAAAAUUUACAAUAACUUGUUUAAAUACAAUUCUAUCUGUAAUUAUUACGGAUAAAAGUCUACAAGAAAGUGAAAAGGGUAAACUGCAACAAGGAAAAAUAAGGGAAAAAUUACAAGAUUUAUCUAAAAAUGAAAUAAAUGGUCUAGCUGAAUCAGCUGAAAUUUGUUUAAUUAAAAUAUGGUCAAUUGAUAGUUAUCAAUUUGCUUCUGAAGCUUGUCUAUUAGAGAAUGACUGUAAGAAAUUUAUUGAUGAUGUAUUGUUAAUAAGUGGUGAACACAUUAAUAAAGAAUUCACAGAGUGCCAUUGUCGUUUUUGUCAUUCAACAAGAAAUUUUAAGGAAUAUUGUUAUCAAGGUAUUCCACCAAGGGCUUAUUCUGUUCCAAUUGGAUGGUAUUUAUUAGGAUUGAAGACUCACUCUCGAAUAUUAAAUGAAGAUAUUUUAAAGAAAUAUCAUAGAGCUUAUCAUGGAACAAGAGUCGGUAAUAUUUCGAAAAUUCUACGGCAAGGAGAUAUUGUGUCAUCCCCAUCAAAUUUAGACAAUUCUAAGAAACGAUCAUUUGAUAGGAGUGGAGAGACUGCGAAAGAAAGAGUGUUUAUAUCUCCUUCAUUAAGAUACGCCGGUUUAGACGCUUUUGCCGAAUCAUACGUAUGGAAUAACAAGAUAGUUAAAGUUGCUUUUGACUUGUUAGUCUGUCCUGGUACUUAUGAACUAGGAAAAGAAGUUGUUGGAUCAAAUUCCCCAUUCGAUUCAAAAUUUUCCAAUGAUGAAAUCGAAUGGUCGAUAAAUUUAAAAGGAAUGGCAGUUAUACGCGGGUUAUUGAUUAAACUGAUAGACAAACAAGAAACUCUUGAAAAUUGAAUAUACAAUAUUUUUAUGACAUAAUUAGAUAAUAAAUGGUUUAUUAAUGACUUUUGCAUAAUAAAACAAAAAGUAAAAAAAUAUUAUUCGCCCA